GCUUAGCGCCGCUUUGUUCCUCUCGCUCCCCCUCAGCCCCUGAAGAGCCGGACGCCCGCGCCGUUGCCGCGCGCCGCAGCAUGCUGAAAGUCACCAUGCCCUCGUCGUCGUCGUCUUCGUCGUCGCCCUCCUCCGCCCCCACCACGUCCACCGCCGCCCCCUCCGCCUCUGCCCCGACCUCGGGCCGGGCUGGGGGCGCCCCUGCCGCCGGCCCCACCGCCACCGUCGUCCCGGACUACUGGAUCGACGGCUCCAACAGAGACACCUUGUCCGACUAUUACGACCUGGAGUCGGAGCUGGGACGGGGUGCAACCUCUAUUGUCUACAGAUGCAGGCAGAAGGGAACACAAAAGCCAUUUGCUGUCAAAAUCUUGAAGAAAACUGUAGACAAGAAGAUUGUCCGAACAGAAAUAGGCGUUCUACUUCGACUUUCACAUCCAAAUAUUAUAAGACUGAAGGAGAUAUUUGAAACCCCCACAGAAAUCAGCCUUGUAUUGGAGCUGGUCACGGGAGGAGAACUGUUUGACAGGAUUGUGGAAAAAGGAUAUUACAGUGAACGAGAUGCUGCUGAUGCUGUCAAACAAAUCCUGGAGGCAGUUGCUUAUCUACAUGCCAAUGGAAUUGUUCACCGUGAUUUGAAACCAGAAAAUCUACUGUAUGCAACGCCAGCUCCGGAUGCAUCUUUAAAAAUAGCUGAUUUUGGACUUUCCAAGAUUGUUGCAGAUCAAGUGACCAUGAAAACAGUCUGUGGGACUCCAGGAUACUGUGCACCGGAAAUACUGAGAGGCUGUGCCUAUGGCCCAGAAGUGGACAUGUGGUCCUUGGGAAUAAUCACUUAUAUCCUACUCUGUGGUUUCGAGCCGUUCUACGAUGAAAGAGGAGACCAGUACAUGUUCAAAAGGAUCCUGAACUGUGAAUAUGAUUUUGUUUCCCCCUGGUGGGAUGAUGUGUCUCUAAAUGCCAAGGAUCUGGUUAAGAAGUUAAUUGUGCUUGACCCCAAGAAACGUCUCACUACAUUUCAAGCCUUACAACACCCUUGGGUCACAGGCAAGGCAGCCAAUUUCGCUCAUAUGGAUACAGCCCAAAAGAAACUCCAAGAAUUCAAUGCUCGACGUAAACUUAAGGCUGCAGUGAAAGCUGUUGUUGCAUCAACUCGUCUUGGGAGUGCAAGCUGUCACAGCACCCACGACAGCAAUAAGCCCAGCCAAAGGCAGUCUCUGCGCCCAGAAAGAGAGGACAGCGUGGAGGGAAAAGAAGAAGAAGUAGUAGUAGUAGAAGAAGAAGCAAACUUCACUGAAUCUCAUGAAGAGGACGCUCAUGAAGAAGCAACUGAAGGAGAAUCUUAAAUCUUGGAGUAUCUUAUUCUAGCCAAGUUCUGACAUUCCGUGCACCAGCCAAGAUACCAUUCAGAAACAAAUUACAAGCAUGGCUACUCUGAGUGGCUUUGCCUCGGGAUGGAAAAUGCUCUAGCUGGUGACCUGAACUUCAAAAUGCAUGUGACUGCUUCUGAAAAAAAUAAAUAGUUCACAGUCUUUUAAUGGCAUGCCAUGGAUAAAGUGAUAUUUACAGUAAUACCAACGAAUGAAGUGGAGAGCAGGGAACACUCCUUAUUACCAACAUGUAUAUCUCAUGUAGAGUGUUUAUAGAAGUGAAUGAUGAUUAUGGCUUAUUAUACAAGAUUUUCUAGAGAUCUUGACAUUUCUUCAAUCUGCUUCUUUUCAAACUCAUAAUCACCUAGUAGAUCAUGGGCGCUAAGACCCGCCAAGUGUUUUUUAAAUGGCAUAUGAAAUAUUUUCCAUUCAUCCGUGAUAAUUUACAAACUGUUUACAAUUGAAAACUUAAAUAUUUAUAUGCAAAAAAAAAAAAACAUUCCACUGAUUCCUGUGAAAGAUUUAUUUGAAUGGCUAUGAAACUAUGUUCCUUAAGAAUGCCUUACCUCUAUAAGUAACCAUUUCUGUACAGUAUUUUGAUGAUAACUAGAAUAUCUUCAGACUUUGGUCACAUUACUAUCUAGUAUUACUUUUACAAAACAAUGUUAAGGAUAGUACUCAAACCGAGCAGGUAUGUGUGCCAUUGUUAAGGUACAAUUGGAAUUAGUCAUGACUAUGAAACUGUGCACCUGUUUAUACAGAGGGGGAUUCUGCAAUUAAUGUCCUACAAGAGGAAUAUUCAACAGCAUGAUACUUUUGCUUUAGGAUACCAGUCAAGGUACUUGCCAUGGGCAGCAAUAGAAAUGCUUGCAUGAUUAGAGAUACAUGAGAAUUGUGCAGCCAGUUGUUGUUUUCUUUUCGUUUAAUCCGUCAGCAUAGACUUGAUCUGUAUAAGUGUGCCAGUAAAGAACAGGUUGAGGUUAGGAUAGGACACUGUCACUGCAAAAAAGAAAGAAAAUGUUCUAUUCAGGCACUUGUGUAUAUUGGGUGUUACAAUCUUUACUCGGCCAGGUGUAACCUAUGCGAGUUG